UUUGCAGUCCUUUUUGUUGUUGACAUUUUUUUUUCUUAGAAUCAUGGCUUCGUCUGCUGGUGCAAGCGUCGUUGUCCCGCGCAACUUCCGACUGCUGGAGGAGCUCGACAAGGGCGAGAAGGGCAUUGGCGAUGGUACCAUCAGCUACGGUCUGCAGAACGGCGAGGACAUGGAGCUCUCCAACUGGAUGGGCACCAUUCUUGGUCCCCCUCGUACCGUGUUUGAAAACCGCAUCUACAGCCUGAAGCUGCACUGCGGCCCCAAGUAUCCAGAGGAGCCGCCGACGGUGCGCUUCAUUACUCGCAUCAACCUGAACUUUGUCAACAAGAACAACGGCGCGGUCGACCUUACAAAGCUGCCCCUGAUCGCAAAAUGGCAGCGAUCGUACACUAUGGAGACCGUGCUCAGCGAAAUCCGCAAGGCUCUAAGUUCCAAGGACAACAUGAAGUCCUCCCAGCCUCCGGAAGGCACCGAUUUCGAAUAACGAGCACACGGCUUUUUUUUUUUGUUGUUGUUGAGAGUCGCGACAACUCGUGUGGCGCAGAAUUUCUGCUGAUCAAGUCAUCCGAUGGUGUGUCUUCGAAGCAGUCGAACUUGAAAAAAACCCUACAAUACAAUACAAUACAAUACAAUUCAAUACCUUGCAA